UAAGAUAACAAGUGAGAGUGCCUUUGUAUCAGCUGUGACCUCAAAAUUUUUGGUGGAGGGACACAGAAAUGGCAAAUGCCACCCAUCUAAGCUCAUCUAAAAACAUAAAACCAUUGCAAACCUCAAUACACCCACCAAAAACCAAACACACUUUUCCUCAAAUCAUCAAAAUCACAGCUUCAAGAAAAGAUGAACUACCACUGAUCACAAAUAAUGCUUCAAAGACUCGUCGUCGUGUGAUCACAAUACCUGCAUCCACUGGAAGAUGGCAUGGGAAAUGGAGUUGUGAAUACAUAAUCUCUCUUAAGGAUCUUCAGUUGGAUGAUUUAGCUGAGGAUGGUCGAAAACAUACCGAGGUUUUUGUAACUCUUUCCCUGCAGAAGCACACAGGCUUUGGGCUAUCUGUAGAUGGUAGGGUGGUCACUUCCAUUGCUAGGAUAUGCAGCAGUUGCUCUUCACCUUACUGCAGAAAGAUUGACACAGGCAUAUGUGUCUGGGUUCUGCCUGAUGGCAGAGAUGAUGCAUCCUCAGAUAUGCCUGAGAUUGGCAGUGAUGAUCCAUCGGUUAUCUAUGUGAAACCAGGGUGUGAAGCAGAGUUGGACUCACUUAUAAAAGACACUAUAAGACUUCAAACAGCGGUGAAGGAGACUUGUUCAGAGUCAUGUGAGAAAUCUGAACCAAAACUUCACUAUAUAGGUGAUCAAAGGACAGCUUCUUUAGACAGAAGGUGGUCUGGACUCUUACAGCUUAGAAAAAACAUUCGUUGAUGCGCAAAAAUUCGAUCAUUAUGAUCAUGUCACUCAAGUUGAUAAUGCCUAUAAUCUACUUGUGUAUAAUGGUAGAAUGAGUCAAAACUAUCUGAUUCUCUUUCUUGUUUCCUCUUAUUGUAAAAAAUAUAUAUUGAUUUAGUUGUCAUAUACUUCAUAUCUCAUGUAAUUAGAAGUAAUCUGAUCUCUAUUAUAAGUAGUUUCCUACUCCA